AUGGCCAAAAGGAUUUCUAAGAAGACGAAGAAGACUAAGAAAAGACAACUUGUUAUACCGACGACAUCCUCUGAAGAUGAAGAAGUGCCGAAAACUCCCGAAGCUACUCCUCGCACCGAACCUUCGUCUCCUGAGAAGACUACUGUCAUACCACCCGAAGAUUCAUCUGCCAAAUCAUUUCAUGAGGAGGUACGAACUUCAGACAUCACUAUACAUGUAUUUGAUACAGAUGUAAAUGUCAACAUGGGUGAAGGAUAUUUACAUCAAGAAGCACCAAAAUAUUCCCAAGGUUCCACUUUUGAACGUGAUGGUCUGAUGAAAGCAUUUGAAGCCCGAAUGGUGAGUAAGGUUUCGGGCAUGUUUAAAGACUCAGAGUCAAGAAUAUUAGAGAAGGUGGAUCAUAUUAUUCAAACAACCGAGUUAAGAGUGAACUCUCUUAAUUCAAAGUUUGUGGGGGCAGUCAAGGACUUGAUGUUGGAUAAGAUGUUUGGUUCAGACAACUAUGAUCUUCCCAAAUCUCUUAAAGAUGAUGUUCCUCAACAUCAUGCUUUACUUCCUCCACCUCCUCCAAUUAUUCUCCCUCGUCCACAAGUUCUUGAAAAGUUUAAAGUCACUCAAUAUCUAUUGGCAAGCAUAGUCUAUGUUUGCUCACAUCUUGGAGAUAAAGUUACAUAUUGA